ACUUUCGCUGAUUAACACCCUCGCUAAUCUACAGUUCAGAUCCAAGAGGCACAGACCAUCUUCUAGAUGGAAUGCGGGAGUGUCUUGCUAUGAACCUUAACCAGACACUGGAACCUCUUGGGGUUCGUGUGUGUUCGUUGACUACAGGAGCACCGGAGGAUUUUGGAGAAUUUCCGAGUACUCCCUCGAGAGCUCACGAUGGCACGACCGUGACAAAUGCCACAAAGACGCGCCCAUCCGCGGAGAAGAUAACGCCAGGGAUGACAAAUACCGAUGGUGCGCUCCCAGAGACGCCUUAUUUCAGCGCGGUUUGUGAUGUUCUGGAAAGUAUUACAAGCGCUGCGUAAGG